AGAUUGUGUCUGAAAACAAACAAAGGGGUUAACGUUGUCAAUUAAUCUCAAACAGCAACAGCCACCAUAGUUGUUGGGUUGGAAUUGAAACAAGACAGGGUAAAGCCGAACCUGUUCCAUUCAGCAAAACAUAACAAAGAAAUUUCUUUUCUUCUUUCUUUAAAUCGAAAUCCCAAUACUUUCUCAUUAUCUCUCCCCAACAAUCAUCAUCAUCAUCCCCUUCAACAGCAUCUGCUCGCUGCAAAAGAUCCAGGGACUUCAUCGAUCAAGUUGAUAUUGGCAAAUAUAAGAGAGGAAAUUGAAUUAAAGCUGAUCUGUGGAAUUAGAUAAAGAACAGUACGGUUAUAUCUAAAGCAUAUUCUAGCCAUGUCUUUUAUCGGUACCCAGCAAAAAUGUAAGGCUUGUGAGAAGACUGUUUAUCCAGUGGAACUUUUGUCAGCAGAUGGGGUUCCUUACCAUAAGUCUUGUUUCAAAUGCAGUCAUUGCAAAGGGACGCUAAAGUUGGGUAAUUACUCCUCGAUGGAAGGUGUCCUUUAUUGCAAGCCUCAUUUUGAGCAACUCUUCAAGGAGACGGGUAACUUCAACAAGAAUUUUCAGUCACCAGCUGUGAAGUCAGCUGAGAAGUUAACUCCUGAACUGACAAGAUCACCUAGCAAAGCUGCCGGCAUGUUUUCAGGAACACAAGAAAAAUGUGCUACUUGUGGCAAAACUGCUUAUCCGCUUGAGAAGGUAACAGUGGAAGGACAGUCUUACCACAAAUCAUGUUUCAAGUGCUCUCACGGUGGCUGUCCUAUAAGCCCUUCAAACUAUGCAGCCCUUGAGGGUAUCUUGUAUUGCAAACACCACUUCUCCCAGCUUUUCAAGGAGAAAGGAAGCUACAACCACCUUAUCAAGUCUGCAUCAAUUAAGCGCGCGACCGCCUCUGUUCCAGAAAUUUGAAUCUAUCUAUAUUAUUUCCAUGUUUUCCAUCUUUCCUCAUGUUUGUUGGUGUGUUUUCUUUGAUUUAUGUUCAAGAGGAACUAACAAAAAAACUCGGGUUUCUCUAUAUUUCACU